CAGGCACCCAUCGCCAAGAGUCGAAGCAUGUCUGCAAGGGCUAACGGGGAGGACGGAAGCGGUACCAGAGGUAGUCAUGGCGAAGCCAAAGUUAUGGGUGAGAGCCGGGCGGUGCAGUCGCUUAAUGCGCUCGAGCCGGCGGUGGUGCCUGCGAGCCGACAGGCAGCGCUGGCGGGCUAUCUCCAUGCGCUACUGAUUGUGGACGGCGGAUUCAAGAGCAUCGGCGUGGGUGAGGACGAGGUUGGAGGCGAUGGCUGUGAUGAGGCGCCGAUGGCUGCCGUUGGUCAAGGCGAGGGCGAGGAUGGAGGCGGAGAAAAAGGUGAGCAGGCAUCGAUCGCACCGGUGGAUGCUCCUAUUGUCGACGCGGCGCCUGGCAUGCUGGUGUUCCCACGCGGAUGGCAGGACAGCGGGCCAGAUCUGUUCUGCUUUCGGUAUGCACACACGGCGUCGGCGUUGCGGUUUGAGGUCAAGGUGCUCCGAAUGGGCUCAAAGGUCCUCAUCACCGCCAUGAUUGUCGAGAGUGAGGAUCUGUUCCCGCUCGAGGUCAAGGUCGACGACCACGUUGUUGGUGAGGCGCUGGCGGGCUGGGAUGGGGACUGGAGCUUGCUGUUCAAAGACAGUGUCCGUCUCGAGGGUCUUCUCCGCGAUGCUAUUGUCCGCAAGCUGGUGCCCAAGGACGGGUACGAGUCGGGAGAGGCCGCGCCGCCGCCGUCGUCGUCAUCGACUGCUCCUGGUCGUGCCGAUCCGCGGCCUCGGGCGCCCGGCCGCGCCGAUCCGCGGCCUCGGGCACCUGGCCGCCAAGGCAGAAUCCACAUUCCGGGACCUAACCUCGGCGACGCUGAUCUCAACCCUGGCUAUGGCAUUGUUCCGCCCGGCGGUCCGUUUGGCGGCGGCCCGCUGGGUGGCCCACUUGGUGGCGGCGGCUCGCUCAUGGGCCCAAACGAUCCGCUGUUUGCCGGACGUGGCGGCGGGGGCAUCGGGCCGAGUGUUCCUGGCGCACGAUACGAUCCAAUUGGACCAGGCGAUCUUGGUCCCGACAACGACAUGCUUUUUCCACCGGGCGGUGGACCUGGGUUUGGCCUUGGCGGCUUUGGCGGCGGGCGCGGGCGCGGGCGCGGGCGUGGGCGCGGACGUGGCGGCGGGCGUGGCGGAGGAUACGGUGGCGGCUUUGGCGGCGGAGGCUUUGGCGGCGGAGGCUUUGGCGGUGGCGGCUUUGGCGGGCUGGGUAGCCUGCCUGCGGACGUGGUGGGCUUUGGCCACCUGACGGAGCUUUGGCUGUACGACAACCAGCUGCGGAUGCUGCCCGACUCGCUCGGCUCGCUUGUCCAUCUCACUGAGCUGGUCCUCUCAAACAAUGUGCUGGAGCGAUUGCCGGAGAGUAUCUGCUCGCUCACGGCUCUCAAGGGCUUGUGGGUUAAGAACAACCACCUGAGAUGCCUUCCGCCUCGCCUCGGAGAGCUGAAGGCUCUGGAGCUCCUUUGCGUGGACAACAAUCGCAUCGAGUCGCUCCCGACCUCCAUUGGUGACUGCUCCUCGCUCCGCGAGCUCUAUGCUGUCUCCAACUACAUCACCUCGCUGCCGGACUCGAUCGGAUCGUGCUCGGCUCUGGAGAUCCUCCACGUCAACUUUAACCAUCUCGCCGUACUCCCGCACUCGCUCGGCGCCUGCUCCGCCCUCCGCAUGCUCUGGCUCGAUGACAAUCGGCUGGUAGAGCUGCCGGACUCGCUCGGCAAUCUCAAGCAUCUCACUGCUCUCUGGCUCAAGAACAAUGCCCUCACCUGGCUGCCGGACUCGCUCGGCGCACUGCCGCGCCUGACCGUUCUCGGCGCAUGGAACAAUGAUCUGGAGGCGUUGCCUGACUCACUCGGCCACCUCUCAUCGCUCAUCUGCCUCAACGUCUCGUUCAAUGCACUCACCGCCAUCCCGCCCUCGCUUGCCGCCUGCCCGCAUCUCACCCAGCUCGAGCUCCGAGGCAACCCGAUCCAGUUUCCGCCGCCCGACGUUGCCGACGCCGGUCUCGACGCCAUCCUUGCCUUUCUCCGCUCCCACAUCCCGCCUGAAGCGCACCUGCCACCGCUGCCGGUCGCUUACGCUCCGUCGCCGCUUGCCUCACCGCGGGACGCCGACCUCUCCGUCUCCUCCAUUGCCUCGGUCGACUCGAUCGCCGGCCUCCACGGCCUGGACGUCGAGCUUGAGGUUGACGACUUUGAGCUCAACCCGGACGUUGUCUACCAGCGCGCCGUCCGCAUCCUUGCCACCCCGGCCUCGCGCUCGCGCUCACGCUCGGCCUCGCACUCAGCCUCGCGCGAGCUCUCGGCCAUUCAUGACAACAUACAGUCAAUCUGGGAUGCGCUCCAUGAGCGCGACUCACGCAUCGACUCGCUCUACUCACUCCACACCGAGGAGCAGGGCCACAGCUCGCCGCCGCGCACCCACUCGCCGAAUCGCGCUCUCUCGCACUCACCCACCCGCCGGCUCCACCCGCUUCCGCCGCCGUCGCCGUACUACACCUCGCCACCAGUCGUGCCGUACGGCAUGGCGUUCAACACCUUUACGCUCUAG